CUCCUGGAGGUGGACGCGUGUUCUCUGGGAUCCAGCCCACCGGAGUGCCCCACCUGGGCAACUACCUGGGCGCCCUGGAGAACUGGGUGGGCCUGCAGGACCGGUACCCCUCGGUGCUCUACAGCAUCGUGGACCUGCACUCCAUCACGCAGCCUCAGGACCCGGCGCAGCUCAGGAGCAACGUCCUGGACAUGGCGGCCAGCUUGCUGGCCUGCGGCAUCGACCCUGAGCGGGCGAUACUCUUCCAGCAGUCUCAGGUGUCGGAGCACGCCGAGCUCUCCUGGAUCCUCGGCUGUCUGACCAGCAUGCCCCGCCUCCGUCACCUGCCGCAGUGGAAGAUGAAGAGCAAGCUGAAGAACGAAGGCAGCGUGGGUCUGUACACGUAUCCGGUCCUCCAGGCCGCCGACAUCCUCCUCUACAGGUCCACUCACGUCCCCGUUGGGGAGGACCAGGUGCAGCAUUUGGAGCUGGCUCAGGAUCUGGCUCGCAUCUUCAACAACCGCUACGGAGACCUGUUCCCCGAACCCGCCGCCCUGCUCAGCUCUACACGAAAGGUCAAGUCCCUCCGCGACCCCGCCGCCAAAAUGUCCAAAUCCGACCCCCAAACCAUGGCGACCAUCUCCCUCGACGACUCGCCCGACGACAUCGCCCUCAAGCUGCGCCGCGCCGUCACCGACUUCACCUCCGAGGUGUCCUUCGACCCGGAGGUGCGGCCCGGCGUGUCCAACCUGGUGACCAUCCACGCCGCCGCGGCGGCCAUCAGCCCGGAGGAGGCGGUGUCCCGGGCCCGGGGGAUGGACACGGGGGCCUACAAGUCGCUGGUGGCGGAGGCCGUGGUCCUGAGGCUGGCGCCCAUCAGGGAGGAGAUCUGGAGGCUGCGGGGGGACCGGGCCCACCUGGAGGCGGUGCUGGCCCGGGGGGCCCGCAGGGCUCGAGAGCUCGCCGCCCCCGUGCUCCGAGAGGUCCGACGGAGGGUGGGGUUCUGCUGAGGGGACGCGGCGCCCGUCUCUGCAUCAUUCAUUUAUUCGUCUUUUUAGUUCUGGUUUCUCCAAACGCCACAAAAGUAAAAAUUUGUCAAUGUUUUAACGGUUCGGAGCCAAAUGAUUAUGCCACAAAAAUAAGGAAGACUUUUGAAAACAUCACAAUAAAAUGGAUUUUGUACAUAAAAAUGAAUGUGAUACGAUUCAAACGUUUUGUUUCUCUGUUGUGACCAGUUUGUCGAGUUUCAUGUAAAACAAUAAAAGUAUCUGCAUUAAACAUAAUUUAAAGUA